AUGGAAAGGCUGAAGACUAAAAGAACGACCCGACGCGCGCAAAACACAAGACUCAUCAACGAGGCAAGUGCUCUCUUACAAAAUCAAGAUUCAACGAUUAGCCAGAUUACGACCGUGGCCGAAAGAUUGCGCGCCAAUAACUAUGAGCUCAGGAGGUUGAACGAAGAGUUUGAGGGACACAUACCAGAUGGUUCGUUCGAAACCGAAUUUCAGGCAGUCGUCCAAUACGAAGAUGAAGCGACUGCCACCAUCAGUGCCCUCCAAUGCAGAAAAGAUCUCCUAGAUGAGAUAUCGUCUCGAGGGGCCUCUAUGGAACCUAGUCGUCACCCGAACGACACUCAAGGCAGCAGACAAGCUGGAACUAGGUUACCGAAGCUCACCAUUACGCCAUUCAAGGGUGAAAUAUCAAAGUGGUCAGCGUUCUGGGAACAGUUCGAUAAAACAAUUCACAAGAAUGCCAGUCUGUCCACCAGCGAAAAGUUCGGCUACCUUCGAAUGUACUUGGGCGGAGAAGCGGAAGCAGCUGUGGCUGGAUUACCAAGGACAGAGACUUGCUACGCGGAUGCAAUUGAGAUCCUCAAUCGCCGUUUUGGAGACAAGAAACGAUUGGAGCAGGAAUAUUCCUCCAGUCUGAGGCUGAUUUCACCUGUCAAGUCACCCAACGAUACCUCAGGUCUACGAACGAUGUUCGACCAGGUGCAAAUCAAUAUACGAGGCCUCCAGACAUUGGGUGUGAAUAAGUCAAGUUUUUCGUCGAUGCUCUGCGAUAUUUUGAUGCGAGCUCUUCCACGUGACAUCGUCGUGAACUACCACAGAACCGCUCAUUUGUCUGAGGCAACUGCCAUGCCUGGCCCAAGCAGCCAGCCUGACCGCUCAGAACUGGAUCGACUCCUUGAUUUUCUAGCUAUCGAAGUCGAAAGUCGGGAGAAAAGCGAGUUUAAGAUCACAGAAACGAAGAACACAAAGACCACAAGAUAUGAGGACAACAUAGCUCGACGUGAAUCGUCUAGACCGACCUCAUCGGUGCUCUACAACAGACCCUCACCACAUAAAACGAGAGGCUGUUUCUGCAACGGAACAAGCCAUAGUUCUGCAGACUGUUCUUCCUCUCUUCCCCUGGACCAAAAGAAACAGCGUUUGACAAAAGAGAUGAGAUGCUUCAGAUGCACUCUCAGUGGCCAUCGAGCAAGAGACUGCAGACGAAAGAUCAGCUGUGCCACAUGCGGUGGAAGACACGCUAAGUCCAUGUGUGACCCGACGCGGAUCAAAGCUAAAGAAGGUAAAUCGGACACACAAAACUGCAUGACGGUUUGUACUACAUCAAUUCGCCGAGAAUUCAGAGAGUCCGGAGCGGUUCUUCUGCAAACCUUCCGGGCAUGGGCUGUCAGCGGUACCUCAUGUAGGUAUGUUAGAGGUGUUAUCGACGGAGGCAGCCAACAGACGUUUGUCACCGAGGAUCUGUCAAGACACCUUCAGCUUAAGUGCGUUGGCUACACCAAGAUGGUGCUCAACACGUUUGCUUGUGCUUCAACUCAACAGUGCAAGAAGCGUCGUGUAGUGGAGCUUGAACUUAGAAGCCAAUUCAACAUGGACGGAUGCAAGAUCGAAGCGAUCGAAAUUCCAGUGAUAUGUCAAGACAUAGCUACCUUAACGACGGAUUCAGUCUUCGUAGCUGACAUGGAGAAAAAUGGAAAGUUUAUUGCCGAUCGCCUCAUGUUUCCAGCGGUUGUCGCACAACCAGGCAUCAGUAUUUUGAUUGGCUCUGACCAAAUGUAUGGCUUUAUGACUGGUGAAGUCACUCGGAGUAAGACCUGCAGCACCCUUGUUGCAUUAAACACCAAGCUUGGUUGGACCUUCCAAGGACGGACAUCCAUCCUGAAGUCGCAAAAAACCCACUCGAGCUUGGUCGUCUGUGUCCUGCAGAUCACCGGUACAGAACAGGUUGAAGGCGUUCUCCGAUCAUUCUGGGAGUUAGAAAGCCUGGGAAUCACAGAUUCAGAAGACCAGAUGUCCGAAACAAGCCAAGUGAUGCGCCAUUUCGAGCAGAACAUUCGCCGGUCUGGCACACAGUACGAAGUGGCUCUACCAUGGGAGGACAAUAUAGGUGUCCUUAAGGACAACAAGCAAGUAGCGAUGACGAGACUGAGGAAACUAGUAGGUCGACUCUACAGAACUGACUCUCUAGUACUUCAUUACGACGAAGCAAUCAGAGAGUAUUGA